AUAUAUAUAUAUAUAUGAUCAUGGUGAUGACGACGAUGAGAGAAGGGAGGGAAGUAUUAAUAAUUUCUCUCCGAUCUUCUUUUUCUUUCCUUUCUCCUUGUUCUUCUCUGUUUGCAGUUGUUCUCCAUUGAAGCCUGCCUGGAUUUCCUUGGCUGCUCUUACCUCUGCAUCAGCUUCAAUCCUGCCCUGCCCUGCCUCUGUUUCCAUUACUGCUUUUCCUCUGUAGAAUUCCACCGAAACAGAGCUCCAACUACAGGCAGCUCUGAAAAAACCAACAAACCCUUUGUUUCAUUUUCGUCAUUCUGCGCCUUCUUUAUUCCUAUGUUGGAAAGCAAUCAUCGAAACUAGAGGAAGAAAAGACAGAGAACCCAGAAAUUGGAAAUGAAGUACACAUGGAAAUCGAUGAUCUGCGGGUGCUCCACGAACAGAGAGACGAGCCCGCUGCCGGAAUUCGAGGAGAUGAUGAUGAACGAAGAAGCUGAAGAGGAAGAGGAGGACAAGGAAAAGGAGAAGAAGGAGAAGGUUCUGAAACAGACGGCUUCCUUCACGAGACUGUCCCUGUCCGAUUUCAGCAACCCGAAAGUGGCGCUGUGUAUGGAGGACAUCUCGAAUUCCUUGGUCGGGGGUUCGAAGCUGUACGUUUUCUCGUUCGCGGAGCUGAGAGUGAUGACCCAGAACUUCGCCCGGAUUAAUCUGCUGGGCGAAGGCGGGUUCGGCCCCGUUUACAAAGGGUUCGUCGACGACAAGCUCAAGCCUGGGUUGAAGGCCCAGCCGGUCGCUGUCAAGUCGUUGGAUUUGGAGGGGCUGCAGGGCCACAAGGAGUGGAUGGCGGAGAUCAUCUUUCUGGGACAACUGCAGCAUCCGCACCUGGUGAAGUUGAUUGGGUACUGUUACGAGGAAGAACAGAGGGUGCUGAUUUACGAGUACAUGCCACGGGGAAGUCUGGAGAAUCAGCUCUUCAGAAGAUACACUGCUACGCUGCCAUGGUCAACAAGGAUGAAGAUUGCCAUUGGAGCAGCCAGAGGUCUGGCUUUCCUCCACGAAACAGAGAAACCUGUCAUCUACCGCGAUUUCAAAACUUCCAACAUACUCUUGGACUCCGACUACACGGCAAAACUAUCCGACUUCGGAUUGGCAAAAGAUGGCCCGGAAGGAGAAGAGACGCACGUCAUCACCAGAGUGAUGGGCACACAGGGCUACGCAGCACCUGAGUACGUCAUGACAGGUCACCUCACGACGAUGAGCGACGUGUACAGCUUCGGGGUCGUGCUGCUGGAACUGCUGACGGGGAAGCGGUCCAUGGACGACGCGAGGCCGUACAGGGAGCAGAGUCUAGUGGAAUGGGCCAGGCCGAUGCUGAAGGACCCAAACAAGCUGGAUCGGGUAAUGGACCCCAGGCUGGAAGGCCAGUACUCUCGUAGCGGGGCCCAUAAGGCCGCAUUGCUGGCCUACAAAUGCCUCAGCCAUCAUCCCAAGCCCAGGCCCACUAUGACCAACGUGGUCGCCCUCCUUGAUUCCCUUCAGGGGUUCCAAGACGAAGACGCAUUUGCGUCCGGCACAUUCGUCUACAUCGUUCCGAACGAAAAUGCGGCCGUGAGGCCGGUUUCCGACGACGGGAAGGGAUCUGGGAGUGGCGCCGAUGAGGAAGGAGAAGGGAAAAGGUCGGGUGACGGUCGCCGGCGCCGGAACCCGCGGCAGCACGGAAAUCGGGGGUUGAGACAUCGAAUCAAGCUGCCGUUGUCGCACCUGGUUACGUAUUCGGACCCGGCACUUUACGACACGUUUUCGAACGGUGGCGACUCUCCCGUUUCUACCCCAACCAGUUUCAGGAAACCCAAAGAGCAACUUUAGUCUAUAUGUAGAGCUGGUUUGGCACAACUUUUUUCAAAUUUCUCCAUUUCCAUUUUUUUUCUUCUUAUAAUAGAUCAAAACUUAGCUCUCUUGUUGAAUUGUAUAUAUAUUUACAAUAUUAUAUUGUAUGAGGAAUGGAUUUGUCAAAAUGAAAGAAAAAAAUGACACUCACAUAAAA